AUGGUUGCUUCAUGUUCGGGUCGUGCAUUAGACGCGUAUUUCUUGCCGUCCGAUGACAUUUUGAGCGACUUGGAACUUCCCCCAGCAAACUCUUCAUACUGGAAUACAUACCAGAACAGUCAAUGGAUGGCCACAAUCUCGUCCCAACUCUACCCUCAGAGCUCAUAUUACACCACUGUCAGCCAAUAUGCACCGAGUUCUGCCUACACCGAUAGCUUGAAGACGAAUUCGAGUGCCUAUCUGUAUCAUCCCUCGGGUAGCGCUAUACGACCACUCCCGCCUUCAGUCGCGCCGACGAGGGUGCGGCCUGCGAGGACAACAAACGCAAAUACGGUUGCACUGGGCCCUUCUACCGCAGCUAUUCAACCUCAUCUCACAGGAGCAACGACAUCAAGCGCUGUCGGCAGGAACCCCGUCCAACCAACGGCAGCUAGCCCACCCACAGCAAGAAUCAAAGCCCAACCGGUGCCAGUUUAUCCACAGCUUGCGUCGUGGGCUGCACAAAUCGACGCCAAAUCUCUGAGAAACUUGAAGGAAAGCUAG